AUGGCACUUGGGGAGUUGAGCACCUUUCAAAGUUCUGAUGGGAUGGAUGCACAAAACUCUGAUAUUUGGCCCCUGAACGUGCUCGCCUCCAAACGUGUGUCAGUGAGGCUCAGUAGCUCCAUGACCAUGUUUGCCGGAUCUGAGGUGCUUUGCCCACCAAUCGAAUUUUGCUCCGGCCACGACCCGGACAGCUCUUACUUGAGCCUGGAGGGAUUUGAGGAAGUUGAAGCUCCUUCCUCGAGCGCUUUCGGUAUCCGCAAGCCAGUACAUGGGUUGUUCCGAGCCUCUGUUGCCAACCGCGAUCCCUGCAAAACAACUUGCCAAUCAACGACUGGGAACGGCCUGCUAUUCAAAAUUUGUUCGUUCCUGGAGGCUGGGGGUCAAGGUUGGCAAAAUGCCCGAACAAAGCUCUCUGCAUGGGCUGCCAGGAGGCCAGGCGGCGGCCUUCCUUGUCUUGCAGAUUUAUUGGCUCGGUGUCAUUAG